AUGGGCUUUUGGAAAACCAUAUCUAACGAACAUGGACUUGACGAGCAAGGUAAAUUUGUCGGUUAUUCCACCGAUGAACGGUUGGAGCGCAUACAUGUGUAUUACGAUGAAUCCAAAGGUGGAGUGUACGUGCCUCGAGCGGUGCUCGUGGACUCCGAUUCGACGUUGUUAAACACGAUCGGCGGGCGGCAGUGUGGCGGUAACGUGUACAGGAAGGAAAAUUUCAUCGGCGGGCAUGGCGGAACCGGAAGCAACUGGGUCAGGGGCUAUUACGGUGGCGGCGAGAUGUCGAGACGCGUCGCGGACGCGGUUCAGUCGGAAGCGGAGCGGUGCGAUCGGCUCCAAGGGUUCCAGUUGGUGCACUCGCUGGGCGGCGGCACUGGUUCCGGUCUGGGUGGACGCGUACUGAACAACAUCCGAGUGUCGUACCCGAACCGAGCGGCUCACACGUACAGUGUGGCGCCGUGGACAGCAGUGUCGGACGAGCCCGCCGAGUCGUACAAUGCGUUGCUGUCCGCGGCCAGGCUAAUCGGCAGCGCGCAAGCGACGUAUCUAGCAGACAACCGGGCGCUGUUUGACGCGUGCUGCGGUGGUACCAGUGGCGGCGGGGGUGCAUCCGCUGCCCCUGCGUACGCGGAUCUCAACCACCUGGUUUCGCAGAUCAUGUCUGGCGCCACGACCGGGCUCCGAUUCGCCGGCCGGCUGAACGCCGACAUGAAAAAGUGCACCGCCAAUCUAGUGCCGUACCCGAAACUGCACUUUUUUGUGCCGGGAUUCGCACCGCUCACGUUCCGCGGGCAAACGGACGCGUGCGCGUACACCGUUCCCGAGCUAGCCACUCAGUUGUUCGAAGCGGUGCGGUUGCAGCGGCGUUGCAUGGGCGCCGGUACCGUCCCGGCCAUCGUGAUGGCCGCCGUCAUGACGUUCCGGGGCAGAAGCUUAGUGAACGAACCUCACAGUGACGACGUACCACAACAGCCGGCCACGGGACGGACCACGGAUCCAGAACGUUGUUGGCUACCCGACAACAUCAAGACCGCCAGUUACGGUGUACCGUCUCAUGGACUCAAGAACAGCGGCACGGUGGUGGCCAACACGACGGCGGCGAGGGACGUGUUCGAAAGGUACUACCGGCGGUCCGCGUCUAUGUUGGCCAAGCGGGAGCUGUUGCACCUGUACGUCGAAGAGGGGAUGGAUUCCGACGAGUUCCGAGUCGCGCUCGAACAUAUAGAAUCGCUGAUGGCCGAGUACUCGGAGAUCGAGCAGGUCAACUGCAGUAGUGACGACGGCGACGACGACAACAGACAAUCGUCUUCAAGUGUGGACUGCGCGGCCACACCGUCGGCGGUUGAUGGACGCAAGUCACCGUCACCAACGCUUUAGGGUGUAAUAUGGAAAUUUCAUAAAUUUUUUAUACCAAAAAACAAAAUAUGUCUUGGUUUACUGUAGACGAUCCGUAAAAUUCCGAUGGUUGUUAUCAGUAAGUAGUAAGUACUUACCUAUAGUUGCAAUAAGACUGCUGCAGCUGGUAUUAUACAGUAGGGAUUACUGUUUAAUUCAAAAUAGUAAAAUUAUAAUGAAAAGUCCAAUUUUUAUAAGAAGAAUACACACCACUAAGGAGUAGGCACUAUGUAUCCAUUUGUGUUAUGAUAUCAUAUUGCAGGUGAUGUUAUCGUCGAGUCGUGACCAAAAAUGGAAUAUAAGGCUCGAAGUUUUAAAGAUAUAAAACACACAUGAAAUAUAUUUUUCAAAGGUCUAUAUUAAUAUAUAUUGUAUUUAAAUUAAAACAAAAUUUAAUAUUAAUAAUGUCAUACAAGUACUGGUACUAUACGGCGAUUAGGUGUACAAUUAGGUAGGUAUUAAUAAUAAUAAUUAUAAUAAUAAAAUUGAAAAUAUAAUAAUUAACUAAAAAAACAUAUUAUAUGUACGUACACUUAUUUUUCAUGUACAUAAUAAUAAUAAUAAUAAUGAUAUAAUAUAAUUGACUAAAAGGGACUGGAGACGACUAAAAUACAAAGGGGUUGAUCUACGGUCAACCAUAAAAAAAACUACGCACUAUACCAGAUAAUAAGUAGACUUUAAAAUAUGUGAAGUGAAACACAUUUUCUAGGUUACAAAAUAAUUAAACACUGUUUUCACACGCACACACACACAUUUAAUUUAUAUAAAAUUUAAUUUUUU